UUCACAACCCCUCCAGGCACAACCCUCUCUCCCCCAGUGCAGUGUCACCAGCCUGGCGCCUCUGUGAGAAAGUUCCACUGCAAGAGGCCCCGAGGCAUUAUCAUUUCCCUCUUUCACCCUGUCUAGGUUGCCAGUAAAUCCCAAGAGCCCUCUGAGACUGCACCUGGGUCGGGUGCCUCCAGCCCCUUGAAAGAUGAAUUCCUGCAUCAUGGUGAUGAGGCUGCUGCUGUCUGGGCCUUUUCUCUUUGCCCCAGCCUGGAGCUACAACCUGGAUGCGCGACACGUGCAAAAUUUCUCCAUCCCACACGCCGGGAGGCAUUUUGGGUACCGCGUCUUGCAGGUUGGAAAUGGGGUUGUCGUGGGAGCUCCAGGUGAGGGGAACAACACGGGAAACCUCUAUCUCUGCCAGCCAAGCACUGGACACUGCCUGCCAGUCAGACUGAGUAGUUCCAACUAUACCUCCAAGUACUUGGGAAUGACCUUGGCGACAGACCCCACAAGUGACAGCCUUUUGGCCUGUGACCCUGGGCUGUCUCGGACAUGUGACCAGAACAUCUAUCUAAGUGGCCUGUGUUACCUCUUCCGCCAGAAUCUGAGGGGUCCGGUGCUGGAAGGGCACCCUGGUUAUCAGGAAUGUAUAAAGGGCAACGUAGACUUGGUAUUUCUGUUUGAUGGCUCAAGGAGCUUGCAGCAAGAUGAAUUUCAGAAAAUUCUGGACUUCAUGAAGGAUGUGAUGAAGAAACUCAGCAACUCUUCCUACCAGUUUGCGGCUGUUCAGUUUUCCUCAACCUACAAAACAGAAUUUACUUUCUUGGAUUAUGUUAAACAGAAGGACCCUGAUAUUCUGCUUGCCAAAGUCGAACACAUGCGCCUGUUGACCAACACCUUUGGUGCCAUCAACUAUGUCGCGUGA